UCACUUGUAGCUACAAAUACACAUGAAUUACCAGGUUUCACAUCAGCAAGGUCAUUAUAUCAAGAAUUAUCCACGCCUCUUAACAAACCAAUGCAAACAAAUUUAUUACAAAAUGAAUCGAUACAAAUAAAUUCAUCUCAGAAUGGAUCUGUUCAAGAACUAAAUGAAUUUAUUCAUGGUGCCACAUUUAUUAAUUCUUCAGUGAAUUUAAAAAAUUCUUCAAAUAGAUUACAGUUACUUAUAUUGUUCAAUAAGAAUUCUGAAA